AUGGAACAACAGCCAGGCCAGCAGGGUCCACUGGGCCCGACCGGCCGUCGUCUGCACAUUGCUCACCGACGUAGUCCGUCUGAGCUGACGCCGCUGAUGAUGGAACAACUCGCCAUUGCACAGCAGAUCGAGGUUCUACAGCAGCAGCAGCAACAGAUUGCUGCCACACACCAGCAGUAUGUUAACAUGGGCAUGAUUCAGCCACAACAGGCCCUUGGCGGCUUCCAGAUGCAGGGACAGCUGCCCAACGUCUCGCCCCAGGUAAACAACUACCAGUUUCCCCAGCAGAUGCCACAGCAGCACCUCGGCGUCCCCAUGAACGCCCCAGGCCAGCCGCCUGCCCACCGCCGAAACCAGUCCGCCCUCCCUAAUGUCGGUAUGGGUCCACCCCCAGCUCCGUCCUCGGGCGCCGCCGGCUUCGGUGACUUCGGUGCACAGCAGCAGGGCCGUGAGAACGUGAACCCUCGUGGCCGAGGCGGCGGCAGUGCUGGCUCGGGACACACCCGACGACACUCUUUGGCUAUUGCCGACGCCAAGAAGGCGGCUGAUGCGGCAGAACAGAAGAGAAAGACUUCUGGCUUCCAGUUCCCCCUUCCUUCGGCUGGCGGCAGCUCCAACCGUGACGCGAGCCCUAGCGGGGCCAGCACCACGCCGUCCAACGACUCGGCAUCAGCCGCUCGUGGCGGACGCGGUGCCCAUGGCCGUAGCCAGAGCAUGGCCGUCGGACGUGGUGGCGGAAGCGCCGGUCGAGGUGGACCAGCCUUCUCCUUCCCAGCAGCGCCCGCGCCCGACGCGAGCACCCAGGGUGGCCAGUCAGACUUCCAACGCCGUGGCAGCCAGGGUCAUGGCAGGACUGGAUCAACUGCAUCGCGCAACUUCGAAGGCAACUGGAGACAGCCCCAAGCCAACAACCAGCAACAGCCUACUCAGGACAACCAAGGCCAGAACAUGGGCAACUUCAACAUGAACCAGACUGCCAACGCCGCUCCUUUCCAACCUGGACACCGCACUCGCGGUUCCGUCAGCCAGUCCAUUGGCUCCGCAAACGCUCUUGGCAACUUCCAAUACCAGGGUCAGGCCCAGAUGGGUAUGCUACCCCAGCAGCAACUUCUUUUGCAACAACAGAUGUUCGGCAACCAAGGUGGCCUCAACCCUAUGCAGAUCGCUCAUCUCCAGGCUCUUCAGGCCGCUCAGAUGAACGGAGGAGGCAUGGGUGGCCUCGGUGCCAGCCAGCACUCCCAGCCCCAGAUGGGCAUGCAGCAACAGCAGCAGCAACAGCGCAAAACUUUAUUCACUCCUUACCUUCCGCAGGCUACUUUGCCUGCGCUUCUUAGCGACGGUCAGCUUGUUGCCGGUAUCCUCCGUGUCAACAAGAAGAACCGAAGCGAUGCUUAUGUUACUACCACUGAUCUAGACGCUGACAUCUUCAUUUGUGGUAGCAAGGACAGAAACCGUGCUCUGGAGGGAGAUUUGGUGGCCAUUGAGCUUCUUGACGUCGACGAGGUGUGGGGUCAGAAGCGCGAGAAGGAAGAGAAGAAGAAGAGGAAGGACAAUGCCGAUCCUCGCGGCGGUAGCAUUGCCGUGAACGACGCCACCACCCAGCCCGAGACCUCCUCUGAGGGUGGUCUUCGACGACGUGGCAGUUUGCGCCAGCGGCCUACGCAGAAGAAGAAUGAUGACGUCGAGGUUGAGGGACAGAGCCUGCUCUUGAUGGAGGAGGAGGAGAUCAACGAUGAGCUGAAGCCCUUGUAUGCUGGUCACGUCGUUGCUGUCAUCGAGCGUGUUGCUGGACAGAUGUUUUCUGGUUCUCUCGGACUUCUGCGCCCUAGCAGCCAGGCCACAAAGGAGAAGCAGGAGGCUGAGCGCCAAGCACGAGAGGGCAACACGGGCCGUCCUCAGCCAGAACGCCAGGACAAGCCAAAGAUUGUGUGGUUCAAGCCGACUGACAAGCGUGUGCCCUUGAUCGCCAUUCCAACCGAGCAGGCACCGCGAGACUUUGUUGAGAAGCAUCAGGACUACGCCGACCGGAUUUUCGUGGCGUGCAUUAAGCGAUGGCCCAUUACCUCGCUGCAUCCAUUCGGAACCCUUGUUGAGCAGCUUGGAGUGAUGGGUGACCUUAAGGUGGAAACCGAUGCUCUCCUCCGCGACAACAACUUCGGCCCGGAUGAAUUUUCUGAGGCUGUCAUCAAGAACGUUGGUUUCGAGGAUUGGUCGGUUGAAAAUGACGGCGAGACCGUCUUCGAGAACCGUCGCGACUUCCGAAGCGAAGAAACUUUCACUAUCGACCCCAACGGCAGCAAGGAGCUUGACGAUGCAAUCCACUUCAAGUACCUGGAGGAUGGCCGUGUCGAGAUUGGUAUCCACGUUGCCGACGUUGCCCAUUUCAUCAAGGCAAAUUCGCUCGUUGAUCGCGAAGCCAAGAAGCGCGGAACUGCGGUCUACCUUAUGAACCGUACAGUGAACAUGCUCCCGCCUCGUAUUUCCAACGACAUCUGCUGCCUCAACCCAGGAGAAGAGCGCUACACUGUCAGUGUAGUGUUCAAAGUCGAUCCUCAGUCGGGUCGCGUGUCCGAAGACGAGACUUGGAUUGGCAAGGCUGUCAUCAAGAGCUCUGGCAUGUUGCAGUAUGACGAGGUCGACUCUGUUAUCAAUGGAGGCGACAGUGAAGUCACUGCAGCCCGAGCCAAGGACAUCAAGACUCUCCACCACAUCUCCCAGAAGCUCCGUGAGGCACGCUUUGGUAACCGUACCACCGACAUCCAGCCUCUGCGUCUCAUGCACCAGUUGGAUGACGAGAACGUUCCUGUGGAGCAGAACAUCUUCGAUUCCUCCCCAGCUCAUGAGUGCAUUGAGGAGCUCAGCCACCUCGCGAACGCGUUUGUUGCGAAGAAGAUCGCCGCUGGUCUGCCAGAGAAGGCACUCUUGCGUCGUCAAGCACCUCCCAACCCUCGUCGUCUGACAACGAUCGCUGAGCGCAUGGGUGCCAUCGGCUAUUCUAUCGACACGACGAGCAGCGGAACGUUGCAAAACAGUCUCUUCCAGGUCGACGACAGCCAGAUCCGAAAGGGUAUGGAGACCCUGGUGAUCAAGUCGAUGCCUCGUGCGAAGUACUUCGUUGCCAGCAAGUUGACUGAAGAUCAACAUCCUCACUAUGCUCUGAACCUUCCCGUCUACACUCACUUCACAAAUCCAUCCCGGCGCUAUGCGGAUAUCAUUGUGCAUCGUCAGUUGGAGGCGGUCUUGUCUGAGGGCGCUGUUGAGUUCACCGAGGAUAUCGAAAUUCUCGCCAAAACCGCGGAGAUGUGCAACACCAAGAAGGAUUCUGCUCAUGCCGCUCAGGAGCAGAGCGUGCACAUUGAGGCAUGCCGCAAGAUGGACAAAGUAAGGCUGGAGCAGGGUGGCGAUUUGAUCACCGAGGGUAUCGUCCUCUGCGUGUAUGAGUCGGCUUUCGACGUCCUCAUCCCUGAAUGGGGUUUCGAGAAGCGCGUCCAUUGUGACCAGCUUCCCCUGAAGAAGGCCGAGUUCGACAAGAACAACCGCCUUCUUGAGCUUUACUGGGAGAAGGGCGUGCCAUCAUCUGCCUUUGUUCCCGAGGACGAGAGGCCGAAACACGGUUCAGUCCGAUCUGCCAAUGCUGCCGCGGCUGCGCGUGAUGCUGAGGCGGCCAAGCAGCGUGCGAAGGAGCAAGAAGAGGCCCAACGCAGGCACAUGGAUACUGCAACGAUGUCAACUGCUGAUACCGAGGCACUGUUCGAUGAUGACGAUGACGACUCAAACGACCUCAACUCGGCCAUGGCAGGUGUCUCUCUAAACCAGACGGGUGCUGAUCGACCAACCCAGAGCAUGCCUCCUUCGCCUACGCGAGGCGGGCCUUCCGGACAGGCUCCUCCUCGUGUCAACUCCGACUCGAAGCUUGCACAGAGCGCGACUUCCGGGGCCAAGCUGACGAAUAAGGAGAAGUACCUUGACUGGUUCACUCUCCGCGAGGAGAACGGCAGCUACAUCCAGGAUGUGCGGGAGAUGAUGCGCGUUCCAGUUAUCCUUAAGACGGACCUGUCAAAGAGCCCUCCUUGCCUGACCAUCCGAUCCCUGAACCCCUAUGCUCUUUGA